UUGGCACAUCAGAACUUACAAGUUGUUAUUUGUGCACUUGGCCCCUUAACUCUUUUGUUUUCCUUUGAUAAGUAAACCCCGCAUGCCAAACGCAUCUCCGCUAGUCCGACUUUUAUCGCUCAACCCCCUCGGCAUCGUUCCGAAUGUUAGAAAAUGUUCACACAGUCGACGUCGGAUUCACUGAGCAAAGCCUCAUCUUUGGUGUUCCGCAUCGGUACUGAUGCCCACCUUUAUGACGAUCCCGAUGACGUCAACAUUGCUCCCCUUCUAGACAGCAAAUUCGACUCAGAAAUAUGUGAAGCACUGAAGAGAUUACUUGCUCUCAUUGCCCAAGGUGCCGACGUCUCCAAUUUCUUCCCUCAGGUGGUGAAAAAUGUGGCUUCACAAUCAAUGGAAGUGAAGAAGCUCGUCUACUUGUACCUCCUGCAUUAUGCUGAAAAAUGUAUAUUUUCGGAUAUAAUGUGGAAGCUAAAACGAUGUACAGCUGGUUUGUGCACAUGGAAACUUCUAUUCGGUUUCUGGUUAGAGCUGCUUUGCUUCGUGCGUCCUAAUGAAGCAUUGCUUUCAAUAAACUGUUUCCAGAGGGAUCUGGGAGAUUCUAAUCCGUUGGUGCGGGCAUGGGCACUCCGUACAAUGGCAGGAAUUCGUCUUCAUGUGAUUGCACCCCUUGUUCUGGUAGCAGUGGGAAAAUGUGCAAGAGAUCCAUCAGUAUAUGUUAGGAAGUGUGCUGCUAAUGCACUCCCAAAGUUACAUGAUUUGCGUUUGGAGGAGAAUAUUAGUACUAUUGAAGAGACUGUUGGAAUUCUUCUGACUGAUAGCUCUCCUGGAGUAGUUGGAGCUGCUGCUGCAGCAUUUUCUUCUAUAUGUCCUAAUAAUUUCUCUCUAAUUGCAAAAAAUUAUAGAAGGCUGUGCGAGACUCUCCCUGAUGUGGAAGAAUGGGGUCAGAUUAUUUUGAUAGGGAUCCUUAUACGGUAUAUUAUUGCUAGGCAUGGGCUUGUUAAGGAAUCCUUGAUGGUAGAUUCCCAUUCUUCAGAGAAUUGUAAUUCAGAAAAGGAAGGAUCUGAAACCUAUUUUGGAAUCAAAGAGAGCACCAAUGACAUUGGCAGUGUAGUUUGUGAAUCUGAGAUAGCAGAAAUAGUAUCCAGGAGUUAUCUUGAAGGACCAGAUAAGUAUUUAUCCAGACCAACUUCCAAAAGAGCUUCUUCUGUCAAGGACUUUCCAGACUUUACAUCUCCAAAAAGUAACGAUGACGUGAAGAUUCUACUACAGUGUACUUUACCUCUACUGUGGAGCCAAAAUAGUGCAGUAGUACUUGCUGCUGCCGGGGUGCACUGGAUUAUGGCACCAAAAGAAGAAAUUAAAAGAAUCGUUAAGCCUUUGUUGUUUCUGUUGAGAUCAUCCAGUGCCUCAAAAUAUGUGGUGCUCUGCAACAUUCAAGUGUUUGCUAAAGCAAUGCCUACCUUGUUUAUUUCCCAUUUUGAAGACUUCUUCGUGAGCUCUACUGAUCCGUAUCAAGUAAAAGCUCUGAAGCUUGACAUACUCUCUUUAAUUGUGACAGAUUCAUCAAUUUCACCUAUUUUUAAUGAGUUCCAGGAUUAUAUCAAAGAUCCAGACAGAAGGUUUGCUGCAGAUGCUGUCGCUGCUAUUGGUUUAUGUGCCCAACGACUUCCAAAUAUAGCAAGCAUAUGUCUGGAAGGGCUAUUGGUUUUGACUUCAUCUGAAAUUUCAGAUGUGGACAUAGCAUCAAUGGAUGAAGAAGCAGUUAUUCUGAUUCAAGCAAUAAAUUCCAUCAAAACAAUCAUAAAACAUGAACCCUCAAGUCGUGACAAAGUAAUUGUUCAUUUGGCACGUAAGUUGGAUUCUAUCCGAGUACCAAGUGCACGUGCAAUGAUUAUUUGGAUGUUGGGCGAGUAUAACUCCACGGGACAUAUAAUUCCCAAGGUGUUACCCACAGUUCUCAAGUAUCUUGCUUGGACUUUUUCUUCAGAAGCACUUGAAGCAAAGCUCCAGAUUCUUAAUGCGAUGGUCAAGGUCUUAUUACAUGCAGAAGGGGAAGCACUAUCAACCUUCAAGACACUCUUAAACUAUGUACUUGAACUAGCUAAAUGUGACUUGAAUUAUGAUAUCCGUGACCGUGCACGUCUUCUACAGAAACUCUUAUCCCACUAUAUUGGCACUCAUGAGUUGGAAGAAUCAGCUCACCGAGCAGCUCCUGACAGCGCAUUGCAUGUACUUGCAGGACACUUAUUUGGGAGAGAAACAAAGCCCAGUCCGUCAGAACCGUUAGCUUAUCGGUUUUAUCUUCCUGGAUCUCUUUCACUGAUGGUUCUUCAUGCUGCUCCAGGAUACGAACCUCUCCCACAGCCAUUAAGUUUGAUUUGCGAUGACACUACUCAUGAAUCCAAUAUGGUAAAAGAUAUGAAGCAACCGGAGAAUGGAGCCACUCAAAGUGAAUCGUAUGAAACUGAUGAUGCUGACUCGGUAUCUGGAUCACUAAAUGAAGAAAGCACAUCUGGUUACAAUUCUCAAGAUUCUCCAACUGGCUCAAGUGGAACUCGGGGUAGCCACGGGAGUGGGUCUGUGAGUGAUGAUGACGGGCACGCUGGUCCACUGAUUCAUCUGUCUGACAGUGGCAAUGCUCAUGGGAAUCAGUUGGGACCAAGGAUUAAUCAAAAUUCUGACUCCAAUGAUCUUGGGGAAUUAAUGUCUGUAAGAGCUCUUGAAUCCUGGUUGGAUGACAGUCCUGGUUCUACCCACAAUUCUGUAGAAUUGAAUAAUGUCUUUCAAUCAUUGGCCAGAAUUUCAAUUGGAGAUAUUAGUAGCAGAGUUAAACCUAAAUCCUACACUUUGUUAGAUCCUGCAAAUGGAAAUGGCUUGAGUGUGGAAUACACAUUUUCAUCAGAGGUGUCAAGCAUAUCUCCUCUGCUUGUUUGUAUUCAGGUUACAUUUAUCAACAGUUCGGUGGAAGCUAUGUCCAAUUUACAGUUGGUCGAAGAGGAUUCUGGCAUGAGGGUAGAAUCUUCAGAUCAAGUGCUGACAUCAGAUGAGAGUUCCAAGAUGUCUGUUAAUGAUGUGCCGACUCUAGUUCCAAUGGAAAAAAUUGCUAAGCUGGAGCAGGGUCAGGUUACGCAGAGAACCCUUCAGGUCCGGUUCCACCAUCAUCUUUUGCCCCUUAAGCUGCUUUUAUGGUGCAAUGACAAGAAAUAUCCUGUGAAGUUGAGACCUGAUAUCGGAUAUUUUGUAAAACCUCUUCCAAUGGAAAUCGAUGUGUUCUCAGUCAAGGAAUCUCAGCUGCCUGGAAUGUUUGAAUAUUUAAGGAGGUGUACUUUCAUUGACCAUAUUGAAGAACUUAACAAGCUUGAGAGCCCCUUAGCAAAGGACAACUUCCUUGUAAUCUGUGAGACUUUGGCUUUAAAGGUGCUUAGUAAUGCCAAUCUUUUUCUUGUAUCUGUGGACAUGCCUGUUGGCACCAACCUCGAUGAUGCUUCAGGUUUACGGCUUAGGUUCAGUGGUGAGAUAUUAAGCAACUCAAUCCCAUGUUUAAUUACUAUUACUGUUGAAGGUAGAUGCUCUGAACCGCUGGACACUGCAGUAAAAGUCAACUGCGAAGAGACUGUUUUUGGCCUGAACUUUUUGAACAGGGUUGUAAAUUUUUUGACUGAGCCUGCUCGUUCAUGAUGAGAAUCUAGUUUAAUCUGAAAUAACCUGAUCAUUGGAUUAUUGUUUGUUCAAGAGGGGUUAAUUAUGUACAUUUUCCUUGUAUCAUUGGACUAUUGGUGGCCUUUGCAAUGGUAGUUUCUCCAUAUGUGAAGGUCAAGUUACUGCAAAUGUAAAUCUGACACCACUGUUUGUUUAUAUGAUAUGAUUUGUUGCUUUA